AUGACUGUUACUCCGUUGUUGAAUAUUUUAUCUGCUAAGCCGCUUACCGGUCCAAAUUUUUUGGAAUGGAAGCGCAAUUUGGGAUUUGUCCUAGACGCGAAAGAGUAUAAGUUUGUGCUUACUACUCCAGCUCCUGCGAACCUAACUGCUCGGUCUUCCGAGGAGCAAAGGGAGGUUCACAAGCGGUGGCAUAGGGCGAAUAGUAUGGCGAAAACCUACAUGAUGACCACUAUGUCUUCCGCGUUGCAGCUGUAUCAUCAAUCAAAGGAGAUUGCAGCUGCAAUAAUGAAAAACCUCGAGGAGCUCUUUGGGGAAUCGGACCGGUCAAUCCGUUUUGAACUUAUGAGGAAACUCAUGUCUUCAAAGAUGACGGAGGGUUCUUCCUAUGUGCUUGGUGGAAGUAUCGCGUAUGAUACUAAGGUUGAUAUGAUCCUCCACACUCUGUCCAAAUCCUAUGAGAACUUUCAUCUCAAUGCAGUCAUGGGCAAGAAAAAGUUCACUUUAAAUGAACUGCUCAAUGAGUUGGUUACAGCCGAGGGGGUUAUGGGAAAGAGACCACAAGCUCUGGCUACUGAUAAAGGUCCUAGCUUUGCACUGAAAGGUUGGAAGAAGCAGAAAGGGCUCUAUGGCAAGAAAGGCCAAGCAAAAAGUGGGUGCAAUAAGCUAGGCACGUCUGUAGGCGUAGGGGAAAGAAAAAUGCUUCAAGUGUCAGCAAGUAGGACAUUGGAAAUCUGA